AUGAGAAAAAAGGUUGAAAAAAUAAAAAAAAGUAUAUCAUAUUAUAAUUUUAGAACCAUGGAGUGAUUAUGAGGAUGCUUAGGUUAUGCAAUUAGUAGAAUAAUAUGGGCCUCAUAAAUGGACAUUUAUAGCAUCUAAGUUGUAAGGUAGAAUUGGAAAAUAAUGUAGGGAACGGUAUUUAAUUUAGAAUAAUUUAGUUGGCAUAAUCAUUUGAAUCCUUUGAUAAAAAAGUCACCUUGGGAAUAUGAAGAAGAGUGGAUUUUAUUUUUGUAUCAUGAAGCAAUUAGUAAUGAAUGGGCAGAAAUUGCUAAGCAUUUAGAAGGAAGAACUGAUAAUGCAAUAAAGAAUCAUUGGAACUCUGGAAUGAAGAAGAGAAUGAAUGAAUUUAGAGAAAAGUUAUAGAAGAUAAGAUAACAAUUUUAAUAAAAAGGGUUUUAAAUUUGAAUUAAAGAAGGUAGGCAUACUUAUUUAGAUUAAUUUGUGAACCCUUAUGAAAGGAAAGCAAUUGAAAUAAUAUUUUUAAAUAAAAAGUAUGUAAGCUUAGUCACAGACAUUGAGGAAGAUGAGAUAGAUGAGCCAGCAAUAAUAAAAAAUUAAAAUACUACUCUUAGAACUAGAAGUAAUUUGAAUAAUAAUGUAUAAUAAUAUUAUAUGAAGUUUGAUAUCAGAAACAAAUACAUCAGUAAACAUCCUAGAAGAAAUAGAAUGCAUAGAAAAUAUUUGAUAUAUAAGAAAAAUUAAAUGAAGGAAAUUGAGUAAGAAAAAGAGAACAAAAAUUAGAGUAAUAUACAACCAGUCUUAAUUGAAUCUAGACAAAUGUUAUCAAUGCAAUAAUUAGAUUAGACUCCUUCAAAAUUGUAUAAGUAGAUAUAAAAUUAAUUUAUUUAGUGAUGAUUAUUAUUAAACACCAGCAGCAUUCAAUCGAAUACAAAGAUUAGCAAUAAGCAGUUCCAAAUUUAGUUAAUUUAAAUGUGCAGUUUAAGUAAUAGGAAAUCUAUUAAUUAGAAUGAUACAUUCCAGAAUUAGUUAUAAGAAGAAUUAAAGCAAAAUUUAUUUUUAUGAGAUAUAAAUUAUCAAAGCAAUUAGAAUUCAUAACAAACUACUUGCUUUGAACAAUAAAAACUUAUGUUCAACUUCAUAAAUUUAUAUUGUGAAAUAAUUAAUAUUAAAUAAAUUCAUGAAACUUGGAACUUGUACUGAGUGGCUCUUCUUCCAUCUAUGGAAAAAGAAUCCUAAUUCUGGUCAAAGUUGCAAUGGAGUCUUUCUAGCAGAUACUGUUAUUUAUAGAUGGGCAUAACCUUAUUUUAGUAAUAUAUAUAAAAUUUAUAUAAUAGGAUAUUUUACAGCCUAAAAUGGUCAAAUUAUUAGGAAAACUAAAGAAAGGGUUUUUAUUGAAUAAGUUGAAUAAUCAUUUUUAUAAGAUAAUACGGUAGCAGUUUUAUUAACUAGUCAAGUAUUUUUGAUUAACUAACUUUUAGGGUCAAUCUAAAUAAUAAGAAAUAAUUAAUUUUGAAUACUUUGAUAAAGAGAACUUUGGUAAAUUCUUAUAUUAGAGAGAAAAAGAGUUAAAUUCAAUACUUCAAAAGUAAAGAGUUAAAUUUAAUAUUUUUUAGAUUUAUUUAUCCAAAAGGUGAUCAUAAUUCAAUGAUUAAAGUAACAUGGUCUCCUCAAUUCUGUCUUAUAAAUAGGAAAACAAAUAUUAAUAAUAUGAAUGAUUUUAAAAAGCCUUUAUAUGAAAGAGUUAGUACAUUUGAUGGUCCUGAAUACUUAUCUGUAUCAGAUUCUAUUAGUUCCCCCUUAUUAAGUUCUGAUUUAGAAUAAUUAUGCGUAAAUAUUGUUAAACAUGUCUAAGAAAUUUCAGGUGGAAACAUUUAAAUUAUUAGAAUGGUUUUAUAUUUUAAGGUAGAUUAAGAAAAUAGAAUUUGGUUGAUGUUUUGUACUGGCAUUAAAGUGAAAGAUAAAUUUUCAACACAUCCAGAUAAACAUAGAACAGACUCUCCUCUUUUUAAAAUUAUAAGGAGAGAUCUUGAACCUAUCAUUACAGGAACAGAGAAUGUUUAAAAAGUAGUUAAAUACAAUAGUGAAGGACAAAUAGAAGAAUUAUUAUAUUAAAUUGAAAAUGUUUGUUCUAAUUGUGAUUUAUUUUCAUCAGAGUUAUAUUAAUUAUAAUUUGAAUAGAUCAUUGAAAGUUUUGAAAGAGUAUCCUUAAAUUAUUUAAUGUUAUUAGUCACUAGUAAGUAAUGAAUUCACUAGAUUACCAGAGGAUUUAUAAAAAAUAAAAAUUAAAAAUGAUAAGAAGAGUGAAUUGCUUUAAUUAAAUUAAAAUAUAAAAACUAGAUAAAAAUAAUUUAUUCAUAAAGGUAAUUCUAAUUUAAAUUUAUAUUAGAUUAUAAAUUGUCUAAUUAUUUUGAAUUAUAAUCAAAUUAAUAAAUUUCUGGUACAUAAAGUUAAUAAGUAAUAUUGGUUGAGAAAUAUAAACUUGUAAAUAAUUAAAAAACUUAUGAUUAAGUUCAUGCUGAAAUUUAAGAAUUAUGUCGAUAUUUAGAUGAAGAAUAAGAAGAUUGUAAAUUGAAUUUUAAAAAUGUCCCUGCAUUAAUAUUAAAAGUAUGGGGAAAGUUAUCUGAAGACAAAUAUAAAUAAUUAAAAUUUAAUCCUAGUUGGAGAUAACUAAAAACUUAGGUAUGUUUAGAUUGUUAUCUCAAAUAUACUGAAUGUUGUAAUCUUACUCAAUUUGAAAGAAAAGUGUAUAAAUAUUCAAUCUAAUUAAACAUAGUAAGACAGCUGCUCAAAAUUUAAAAAAAAAAGUAGAAGAUAAAUAAAUUAACAAUAUGCUUCUGUCAAAUACUUUGCUAGAGAUUAAUAAAAGUAGUUUUACUUAAAAUUUCCAUUCUUCCUUGCCUCCUGUAAUAGAACAAAGAACUAAUACAGCAGGUGGUAAAGUUAGUUUAGCAAAAACAGCUAAUACCUAAUAAAGAUCUACAGCAUUAAAUACACCACCUUAACAUUAUUAAAAUACAUUAGAAACUAUGCCUUAGUUUUUUAAUAAAUUUAUGAAGAAAGAAGUUUAGCCAAAGAAAGCUCCAUCCACACAAAAAGUAUAAAAUAUUAUGAUUUAAGAUUUACCAAAAUAGAUAAGGAUUGUAAAUGUCGUUGAACUAAUCUAACCAAUCAAAAUCAUCUCGUUCAACUUAGGAUUAAUCAAAAAUCUCAUUUGAUUAUAUGAUUACUACUGUUUCAUAACUGAAAAAAAAAUUAUAAGAAUUGGAAGACGAAGAAUAAUCGUAAAAAAAGUCAACAAAUUAAAAACCAUAAAUUUUGUAAGAUUAAUCAGAAUAAACUUCGUUAUUGCAAAAUAGUAAAUUAUUUCAAACUAAAUCCCAACCACAUAAAUGA